AUGCGGGCGCAGUGGCACUUCACGUCUCUCUGUUUAUUUUUGGCCACGACGUUGCCUCUGGAUGAAAUGGCUCCUUUAUCGGGGUCUGAUGCGGACCAUUUUAGGGAUAAGGCGCGGAGAGAUCUCCUCACAUUGCUGGAAGGCGCCCGGGGUAAGAAGAACCUCGUCAUAAGCCAGGAGCUGGCUGGCCCAGUGGGGCUGUUUGUUAAGUUCUCCGUGCUUCAGGAGUACGGCGUGGAUCGGGUCUUCUUGCUGGAAAAUGCAAACAUCGACUCAUCACAACGCAAUGUUGUGUUCCUCGUUCGUGGCGAGAAAGCUCGCCACGUUCGAACUGUAGCAGAACAAAUCAAACGGCUGCAAAAUAAUGGAAACGUUGAACAUGAGUUCUCCAUCAUCUUCGCUCCAAGACGGACCCUUGUAAGCAAUGCGGUCUUGGAGGAGGCAGGGAUCAUCGGCGACGUGAAUAUCUCCGAGCUUCCACUUUAUUUUAUGCCUCUGGAGCAAGAUAUCUUGUCAUUGGAACUCGAUGAAUCGUUUGAGGAUUUGUACCUGCACAAAGAUCCUGGGUGUAUCUUCCACGCCGCCAAGGCCCUCAUGGGCGUGCAACAACGCCAUGGGUAUUUCCCACGUAUCGUGGGGAAAGGCGACAAUGCUCGGCGACUGGCAGAUCUCCUCUUGCGCAUGAGAAAAGAACUUGAUGCAGAGGAGAGCUCUGGAUUGGCGGACCCGUCUGCCAGAGGGCUGUUGCCAAGUGCCAGUGUCGAGAACUUGAUCAUUAUUGACCGAGAUGUGGACUUCGGAACGCCCCUUCUAACACAGCUCACAUACGAAGGCUUAAUUGAUGAAUAUGUCGGAAUUAAGAACAACCAAGCAGAUGUCGACACUAGCAUUGUCGGCCCUGCACCCACGCCACAGUCUCAAGAGUCAUCUAAGGCACCCCAGCAAGUCAAACAGGGACUGAAGAGAAAGAUCCAGCUCGAUGCCUCGGAUCAAUUGUUCGCCCAACUGCGAGAUGCAAACUUCGCAAUUGUUGGCGAUAUCCUGAAUAAGGUGGCACGUCGCUUAGAGACCGAGUACGAAAGCCGCCACACGGCCAAGACAACAGGCGAGCUUCGAGAGUUUGUCAACCGUCUACCAACCUACCAGCUGGAACACCAAAGUCUUCGAACCCAUACCAAUCUAGCCGAAGAAAUAAUGCGACUGACUCGAUCCGAAACAUUCCGUAAAACCCUGGAAGUCCAACAGAACAGCGCCGCCGGUGCCGACUCCACAUAUCAACACGAGACAAUUGAAGAGCUCAUAGCUCGAGACGUCCCACUGAAGACCGUACUACGGCUUCUGUGUCUGGAAUCUUGCAUGUCUGGUGGUCUCCGCCCCCGCGACCUGGAGAGUUUCAAGAGACAAAUCGUCCAAGCAUAUGGCCACCAGCACCUCCUCACAUUCUGGGCACUAGAGAAGAUGGAACUCCUCCAGCCUCGAUCCUCCGCCACGACCACGCUCCUCCCUACAUCCGGUGUACAAGCCGGAACAAAGACCAACUAUGGGUAUUUGCGCAAGAACCUUCGUCUUGUCAUCGAGGAGGUCAGCGAGAAGGACCCGAAUGACAUUUCAUACGUGUAUAGUGGCUUUGCGCCCCUCAGCGUCCGCCUGGUCCAAUGUGUGCUGCAAAAGUCAUACAUGGUCUCGCUGAUCAAGGGUGGUACACCUGCUGCCUCGCUAAAUACUGCCAGCACGACGUCGCCUGGCUGGCUUGGCUUUGAGGACGUGGUCAAGAGUGCGCGUGGUUCGACUUUCAAUAUUGUUCAGAAGGGUGAUGAUAAGGCUGUGCGGGCUCGUCAGACUUUGAGUGGCAAUUCUGCUACAAAGACUGUGUAUGUCUUCUUCCUGGGUGGUAUUACGUUCACGGAGAUUGCUGCGUUGCGCUUCAUUGCUACGCAGGAGGCUCCGCGGAGGAAGAUCAUUAUCUGUACUACCAGUAUCGUUAGUGGUGAUCGGAUGAUGGAGGCUGCUAUUGAGAAGGGUAGCUUUGGUAAGGCGGAGUGA